AUGCCAAGUUCAAGAAUACCAUCACCAGCUCGUUCUCAAGGAGUAAUAUCGACUCCUCGGCGACAUCUUCGACGUACUCUAAGUGUAGGUUCUCCUGCACGAACGAACUUACGUCUCACAUCCGUAAUAUCAGAAUCGUUUAAACUGUCUCCUUUACCAAAACGGCAAUCAGUACUAAAUGAUGACACAGAUAUUGAGAUACCAGGACGUAGGAGUUGGUGGAAGAAAAUUGACGAUAACUCAAGAGAUGUUCAAGAACUGUUAGAAAGCAAAGACUUGGUUGAAGUAAAUAAUAUAGCUGAUGAAUUUGAUGUGGAAGUUUUGAGCCAAGAAAAGAAAAACUACUCAUUAGACUUACCAGAGAGCAGCGAUGGUGAAUCAAUUAACAGCAUAAUUAUACCUCAGAGAAAGAUAUUCACACAAGUCGAUAACAAGCCUAAACAGAAAUUUGGGAAAAUUAUGAACAGCCGUGAUCCCUCAAAUAAACAUGAUAAAAGUCAAGCAGAUCAAGACAAUGAAAUUAAUAAAGGGUCUAAAAAUCUAUUCAAUCAACCAUCUAAACCAAGGACGAAACCAGUGUUUCCAUCUGCCUUGCUUAAUGUUUCAGCAAAUAAAACUAUGAAUAAAACUAAAGAAUUACCACCGGCAGAGAUUAAAGGACAGGUUCGCAGUUUAUUUGGUGGUCGACAAGGGUCCAAACGUAGGAAUAUGUUUGCCGACUUCAUUGUAUCUGAAAGUGAGGAUGAAAUACCGGAGAUACAACCUAGAGUGUUUGGAUUUCAAAAGAAAAAUGAACAGAAAAGACGAGCUAGCUCAAUGUCACGUCAUUCACCGACAUCAAGUAUAGAUUUAGAAAUUGAUGAUUGGAGACUUCUACCAUCAUCAACUAUGGUUGAAAAUUUACUGGAAGAAUCUCCAGUAAAGAGAUUGAAAUUAAAUGAAACUGAAUCCAAGGAAACUAGAAAUAUUCAUAGCAAUACUCCCGUAAAAACCGCUACACCGAAUACAUCGACUUACAAACAAAAUAAAUCCAAGAAUGCAUCUAAACACAAUUUUUCUGACGAUGAUGAAGUCAAUGAAAUUAAUGUUAAACCACAAAAUAGUUCUUUAAAUACUAGUAGAGUUACAAGAAGUCAAUCAUUAAAGGAAAAUUCCGUAACUGUCCCUAGAACUCCUAACACUAUAAAUAAGAGCAAAGAACAAACACCCAAUAAGAAUAUUAAUACAUCAAAAUCUGUUAAAACAGUCCAAAACAUAGAAAAUACGGAACAAGUGCAAAAUAACUUAGAAGAAAACGAUGAAGAUUUUACAUUAGAAUAUGAUAAUGAUGAAGAAAAUAUCAAUAAGAGUCCAGAAAAGAAAAAUCCUAACACACUUAAUAUUGAUGAAGUAGACAAUAAUAUUGCAGUAAGUCAGUUGAAUAGUAAAAAGACAACAGAAAUACAUGUUAUUCACCAAAAAUCUGUUGAAAAAUCAUUGCAGAGCCAGAAUGAUGUGAAUAAUGAUGAAAUUAUUGAGGUCUCUAAAACCAAAACACGUGAUAAAAGCUUUGUAAAAAAUCAAAGCGCACUUAUACAAGAUGAAUUGCUACCUAAUAAAAAUAAAAGUGUUAUAGCUGAUAAGGAAAAAGAAAGCGACAGAAAUAAAUCAAUACAUAACUCAUCGAAAAAUAAAAGUACAGUUUUAAAUGAUAGUAAAACUUCAAAACGCAGAAGCAAUAUGGCUGUAGAGAAAAGUAUUUCGCUUAAUGAAUCUAAUAAGCAUGGAAAAGAAAAAUAUACUGUGGAUGAAGUGGAAAGCCGAACUAUAGAAUCUGAAGUUAAUACUGAUACGAAAGAAAAACAAAAGGAUGCGACUCUUGUUGAAGAAAAUAACGAUCAGAACAUUCCAGAUGAACCAAUAGAAGACAAUAACGCAUUAGAUGAAAAUGAAGAAAAACAAAAUGCUAAAGAUAUCAACGAAAGUAUAAAGAACCAAAAAUCUAAUAAAAAACGAAAUACCAAAAACAUCAGUAGCAGAAUAAGUUCACCGAAUGUAAGCCACAAGAAGAAGGAAGAUACACAAGUGAAAUCUCCAGAAGUUAUCUUACAUGAUAAAACACGUGAUAUAGAUUCGUUUACGGUUCAGCGUAGGAAUACAAGUGUUGGGGAAACUAAGAGUAUAAUAUUUAAGAAUAAAACUAUAAGACACAGUCUAGCCCCGGUCAGAGAGAGUAUUGGAUUUUCUGAUGGAACUAGAGAUUCUAGCGCAGACGCAUCCGGUUGGGACUCUCACAGAACUACUAGAAAAACAUUAAGACAAACAUUCGGCAAAGAUUUCACUCCAAGGAAAUCGUUAAGAGCUCUAGUUAUGGAGAAAACGGCUAAACUACAAGCCGCUAAUUUCAAUGAGGUCGAUAAAAAAACAAAAAGCCCUCAAGCUCGCUCAACUGCCUACGGGGAAGUUCAGGAUGAAUUCCAUUCAUAUCAGGAACCAGAACCGUUACAAGUUGAAGAAAGUGUUGAAUCAGUACAAAAUGAAGAAAAACAAUUGGACGAACAGAACGAUGAUAUUAGGUCUGACCAAUUGGCUGAUGGAGACGAAAACAAAGAGACUUCAGCUGACGAAUCAGAUAAGGAGGAAAAACACCAAGAUCCAACUGAAGAAAUGGUUGAAGGGGAACCAUCUAGACAAUCGGAGGAAGACGAACAAAACAAAGAUAUGUCUGCUGAGCAAUUGGAUGUUCAAGAACAAGAUAAUGAAGUAACAGCUGACCAGUCAAAUGAAGUAUCAGCUGGACAAUUGGAGGAUAAAGAACACGAUGAAGAAGAAUCAGAUGAUCAGUCUGAUGGAGAAGAACAAGAUAAUGAAGUAACAGCCGACCAGUCUGAUGAAGUAUCGACUGGACAAUUGGAGAAUAAAGAUCACGAUGAAGAAGAAUCAAAUGACCAGUCUGAUGAAGAAGAACAAGAUAAUGAAGUAACAGCCGACCAGUCUGAUGAAGAAUCAGCUAGGGAAUUGGAGAAUAAAGAUUCAGAUGAAGAAGUAUCAGCUGAACAAUUAGAUAAUCAAGAACAAGAUGAAUCAUAUGACGAGGAAGUAACAAGUGACCAAAGAGAUGAAAUUAUGGAAAAUAUUUCAUACACUGGAGCUCAAGAUGUGGGAGAAGUGACGAAAGACGAAACAAAUCACGAAGUAUCAAAACAUACGAGGCAGACCACACUAGAAACAUACUUACAGAAAAUAAAACAAGACAACGCUGAGAGGAAACGGAAAAUGGAAGAAGAGGUUAGGAAUUCCCUUAAAGUACCGAGAAGGGACAACUUCAAUCUCUUCAAGGUGCCACAGAAACCGGUUAAAAAAAUCGUUAAAGUACAAAAACCGAAAGUUAAACAAAUUAAAUCACUAGACUUACUGCCCGCCGAGGUUAGAGAGGACAUACAAUACAAGCCGCCGAAAAGAUUCCAGCCAGCUAACGCGUCAUGGAUCACUAAACGACUGUAUAAGUAUCUGGAAACUAAACUAGAGCCCAAAUACGACUAUAAAGCUCGUAUUCGAGCUGAGAAGCUAGUGGAAUGUAUAUACACGUUGACCAAAGAAGUGAGGAGACACGACAAGCCGCGGCUGGAGGGGGUCAACGACCUCAAACACGAGAUGGCCAGGCUCGAGCUGGUCAAGACACACUUCGACUUCUACGAGUUCUGUCACCAGUUUCUGCCACGGGAGAUAAGGGUUAAGGUGGUCCCCGACGUUGUCAACAAGAUCCCUCUUCCGAGACACGGCGUGUUUUCAGAUAUUCUAAGAUGA